AUGCUCUUUUUUGCCCGAAGAGCAGCUGCCAGCGGGGCUGCGGCGGCGUCAAGGGGACUUUCGGGGUUCCGACCUGGAUCUACGAGGAGUCUGCUGUCCACUCUUGCGAUUCUGGAGCAGAGGGAAGGCCAGUUGAAUCAUGGAUCUCUGAGCGCCAUCACUGCUGCGAAGAAAUUGGGCGGCUCUGUCCAUGGCUUUGUGGCGGGAAGCAACAUCAAGGGUGUUGCCGAUGAGGCGGCAAAGGUUGAGGGUGUUGAGAAGAUCAUUGCGGUUGAGAACGCAGCAUACGACAAGGGACUGCCCGAAAAUUACGCGCCGCUUUUGGUUGAGAACAUCAAGAAGGGCGGGUACACUCACAUUAUCGCCGGACACACUGCCUUUGGCAAGAACUUGAUGCCUCGCGUUGCCGCCCUCCUGGAUUCGCAGCAGAUCUCCGAUAUCACCUCUAUUGAGAACGAGAACACUUUCGUCCGUCCCAUCUACGCUGGCAACGCCAUCGCAACCGUCGAAUCGUCCGAUGCGAUCAAGAUCGUCACGAUUCGCGGUACGGCCUUCCCCGCUGCAGAGAUCGCCAGCGGUUCAGCCGCGGUCGAGGAUGGUGUUGACCCUAAGUCCGAGUCUACGACCGAGUGGGUGUCUGAGGACCUCGCCAAGUCUGACAGACCAGACCUCUCAACUGCUAGCAAGGUUGUAUCUGGCGGCAGAGGUCUCAAGUCCAAGGAGGAGUUUGAUAAGGUUAUGCUCCCCUGGCCGAUUCUCUGGGUGCUGCCGUUGACCGGCAAGGUUGUUGCACCUCAGUUGUACUUGGCCGUGGGUAUCUCUGGUGCCAUCCAGCACUUGGCAGGUAUGAAAGAUAGCAAAGUCAUUGCUGCCAUCAACAAGGAUGGAGACGCUCCGAUUUUUCAAGUCGCGGAUGUCGGACUCGUUGGCGAUUUGUUUGACAAGGUGCCGGAGUUGACUGAGAAGAUUAAGCAGCAAUGA